AUGGUAAAAAAGACGAAUAAAUUCAUAAAUAGUGCAGACAGUGCCGUGGAUGAUAGUAUCAAUGGGUUAAUUCUUUCGCACGACAAUUUGGCAACUUUAGAUUGUUGCCAUCGUGUCGUUAUUCGAGCUGAUAUUGAUAAGCUGAAAGGAGGAAAACAAGUCACGCUACUUGCUGGUGGAGGUUCUGGGCAUGAACCAUUUGCAGCAGGUUUCGUUGGAAAAGGUUUUCUAUCGGCCGCCGUUUGUGGAAAUAUUUUUGCAUCACCACCUACUUCUCAUAUUACUGCUGGCUUGAAUGCUAUUCGCAACAGUGCUGGGAUAGGCGUAUUUGUUAUCAACUAUACUGGUGAUCGACUUAAUUUUGGUUUAGCUUUGGAACGAUUCAAUGCAAGUCGGGAGAAAGAGGAUGGUGAAGCAGAAAUGGUAAUGAUUGGUGAUGAUAUAGCCCUGGAAGGUAGCAUUGCUGGACGAGAUGUUGGUCGUCGUGGUUUGGCAGGUGCUGUAUUGUUAUUAAAAAUUGUUGGCGCAAUGGCUGAAGAAGGUAAAGAUCUGAAAACGAUAACGACAACAUCCAGAACUAUAAAUGAUAAUUUAGGCACUAUUGGUGUCAGUCUUUCUGCAUGUAGUUUACCUGGGAAAGGCCCAAUGUUUGAACUGGAAGCUGAUCAGAUGGAAUUUGGUCUCGGUAUUCAUGGUGAACCUGGUUUUGAAAGGAGUCAAUACAGGACAGCAAAAGAAGUGACAAAACUACUGCUGGAAAAGCUUGAAGGCAGCCAAAAACUGAAUCUUCAAAAAGGCGAGAAACUGGUUGUUUUAUUAAACAAUCUUGGUGGAACAUCACAAAUUGAACUUAAUAUCCUAUCUGGAGAAAUCUGUUCAUGGCUAUAUAAAAGGAAUUAUCGUCUUCAACGUUUCUAUUCGGAGAAUGUGAUGACAUCAUUGAAUGGUCAUGGCAUUAGUAUUACGAUUUUACGAUUGGUAUCAGAUGACUGGUUACGAUAUUUGGAUGCGGUAACAGAUGCACCUGCAUGGCGAAUGACACAUUUGCCUCCGAAACUUUCAUCUAAUGCAAACGAAAUCAGAUCAACGGUAACUAAACAGGGAAUUGAUAAAUAUGUUGGAGCAACACUUUCUAGAGAAAAUGCAAAACUUGUAGAAGCAGCUAUAAAAAAAGCAUGUAUAGCAAUCCAUGAAGCUGCAGAUCUAUUGAAUGCUUUAGACGGUAGUGCAGGAGAUGGUGACUGUGGAAAUACACUUAAAAUUGGUGCUAAUAAAAUUCUGAAAUGUUUGGAUGAGGAAAAGCUUAGAUGUGACAUGCCGCAAUCGUUAUUUAAUGAAAUUUCACAAAUAUUUGAAAAUGAAGUUGGUGGCACAGCUGGAGCUUUGUAUGCAUUGAUGUUCAGCUCAGCAGCUCAGGCAUUUAUUGAAUCAGCAACUGCAAAAGAGUGGCAUGUAGCGUUGAAAAAUAGCCUAGAAGCAAUUAUGAAAUAUGGGCAAGCUAAACCGGGUUCUAGAUCUAUGGUAGAUCCUUUACAUGCUGCCGUAACAGCAAUAUCAUGUGAUAAUCCCGAGAAGGUACAAUGGGAAAAUGCUGUGAAGCAAGCUGAAAAAAGUGCAGAAGAGACCAGUAAUAUGAUUGCACAAGUUGGCCGUGCAAGUUACACUUCUGCAUUGGUGCAAAAAGAGCCAGAUGCUGGUGCAAUUGCUGUGUCUAUAUGGUUACGAGCAGUUUAUGAAGCUGUUUAUUCGAAAUAA